AAAAAAUUAUAAAAAGAGAAAAAAAGGGAAAUUUCCCAGAUACUAACUUGAAAGUUCUUGGAUAUUUCUCAAAAGAAAACCAAAAAAAGCUGAGAUUUUUAUUUAAUUUUCCCGCUUUCUUGUUCUUCUUUAAUCUUUUUGUUGGAAUCCCUUUUGAGAGUUAAAGAAAGAAUCCCUUUUUAUUUUUAAUUUUUGGUUGGAUUUUAGUAAAGAUUCAAUUAGGGUUAGAUCAGAUCAGAUCUGAAGAGGGGUUUGUGUGUUUUGAGCAGAGAAAAUGCAGAGAAAGUUUAUGGAGAAAAGGGGAUUAGAUCCCAGUAGUAGUGAAGAAGGUCAACCUGAAAAGAAAAGACCAGCUCUUGCUAGUGUCAUUGUUGAAGCUCUGAAGGUGGAUAGUUUGCAGAAACUUUGUUCAUCGUUGGAGCCUAUUCUUCGACGAGUUGUUAGUGAAGAAGUUGAGCGUGCGUUAGCAAAGUUGGGUCCGGCGAAACUUAGUGGAAGGGUUUCUCCUAAACGAAUAGAAGGUCCCGACGGAAGAGAGUUACAGCUACACUUCAGGUCCAAGUUAUCACUUCCUCUUUUCACAGGUGGAAAAGUAGAAGGAGAACGAGGCGCAGCAAUCCACGUCGUAUUAAUCGACGCCAACACGGGCCAUGUUGUAACAACCGGCCCGGAAUCCUCCAUCAAACUAGAUAUCGUUGUGCUCGAAGGUGAUUUCAAUAACGAAGACGAAGAAGGAUGGACUCAAGAAGAAUUUGAAACUCACAUGGUAAAAGAACGAGAAGGAAAACGACCGCUUUUGUCUGGCGAACUACAAGUUGUACUAAAAGAGGGUGUCGGGACGUUAGGGGAGUUGACUUUUACUGAUAAUUCUAGUUGGAUAAGAAGUAGGAAGUUUAGGCUCGGGCUUAAAGUUGCGUCGGGUUAUAGUGAAGGGCUUCGUAUUCGUGAAGCUAAAACAGAUGCUUUCACUGUUAAAGACCACCGAGGAGAACUUUACAAGAAACAUUAUCCACCCGCUCUAACCGAUGAUGUUUGGAGAUUGGAGAAGAUCGGUAAAGAUGGAUCUUUUCACAAGAAGCUAAACAAAUCAGGCAUAUAUAGCGUUGAAGAUUUUCUUCGUCUCGUAGUUAGAGAUCCAAAGAAGCUGAGAAAUAUAUUGGGCAGUGGAAUGUCAAAUAAGAUGUGGGACGUUCUUGUGGAGCAUGCAAAGACUUGCAUUUUGAGCCCCAAACUUUAUGUUUACUAUUCUGAUGACAUGCGUAACGUUGGCGUUGUAUUCAAUCACAUCUAUGAGUUAAGUGGUUUAGUGGCGGAUGGCCAUUAUUAUGCAACCGAUGCCCUUUCCGAUAAUCAAAAGGUGUUUGUAGACACCUUGAUGAAGAAAGCAUAUGAUAACUGGAUGCAUGUGGUGGAAUAUGACGGAAAAUCAUUUUUAGGAGCUCUUCAAGUAAAAGCACCCGCUCCACAAAUCGAUAUGGGGAUGGGCCCACAAAACUAUUCAAAUUCCUUUGAUCAUCAACAUCAGCUCAGUCUACCACCACCGACCGCUCAAGAACAACCUACUUCAAAUCCAGGUGUCACCACUGGAGGUUACGAUACGACUAGAUACACCGUGGAUUCACAGAACAUGAAUUUGAAUGCACCCACUCAAUACGAUACAGCUUCGUUCACUUUUCACAAUCCGUUGAUCAACGGUUCACAACAGCCCGCUGCGAACGAUAACAACGUCCUGGCUCUUGGAUUAACGCAACCAUCCGCUUCCAAUUUCCUUUCUGGCAACACCAACACGUUGAAUUUGAGUUCUUCGUUUAGAGGACUAGACGAUUACUUCCCCGAAGAAGAAAUCCGUAUGAGAAGUCAUGAAAUGCUUGAAAACGAAGAUAUGCAGCAUUUGCUUCGGUUAUUCAACAUGGGCAACGGUGGGGCCCAUGGUCAAACCUCGGGUAGUCAUGUUAACGAAAACUAUUAUCAGUAUACAUCAGGUUAUAUGCCGAACACACCUUCUAACUUCGGGUAUGGAUUCGAUGUGGAUAAAACCCGUUCUUCUGGGAAAGCUGUAGUCGGGUGGCUUAAACUCAAAGCGGCGUUGAGAUGGGGCAUUUUCAUAAGGAAACAAGCAGCCGAAAGAAGGGCCCAGAUCGUUGAACUGGAAGAAAUUCCGUAACUAAGGUAACCUCGUUUGGUUUUGAUGUUUUGAAGGCUUCUUUGGCGGUUAAUUGCAGUUGACAUAAAGAAGAAGUCUUGGUAUGUUGUAUAGUGAUAAAACUUUGUUUCAGUUUUUCACUUGUUUGAAGGCGAUGGCCGGGCAUGCUCUUAUCUGAAAGCCCAGAAAAAGCCGAGCUUUUGGAAUACAAAAAAGUUGAAUCUAGUUUAUAUAGUGAUUGAUGAUUUGUUGUAUGUUGUGUUAGUUUUCGUGUCGUGUCGUUAAGAUGUAACAUUAACAACUUUUUGUUGUAUGCUAUGAUGUGAAUUCUAAUAAUAGAACAACCUUUGUUUUUGGUGUU